AUGCUCCGGCUCAGGCACAUAUUCCGAAGCCAAGCCCGCCUCUUUCGCUUCCAUUCUGGCCCUCGUGAAUUCAUCCAUACAACCCCGACUGUCCGGCAUGUGAGGUUCAGACGGCCUUGGCUGAGAUCAUUCUUCUCCAAGUGUCUUCUUUAUGGUGCCGCAUAUCAGUUAUGGAGUUCAUUCGUUCUAGUCCGCUUUGACGAUGAUACCCGCGAGAUUGAUGCGUCGCCCGAGUCAACUCCGGAAGCAACUGGUUUGCGCCGGAGUCCCUACAGGGGUGAAGAGUUGCUGGAAGAUGAGGAGGAAAUUGGGGCGCCCUUGUUUGUCCCGCUGACUUGGUCCUGGUUGGAAGAAGGCGAGCUCUAUACUGCUUCGGAUCCAGAAUGGCAAGAAUUUGUGCAAAUAUCCAAAGAUCGGGAGAAACUCAAGAAAUUGAGAGAUGAACUUGCCGCUAUUGUUCGAGACAGUGCCUCGGGCCAGUUGUCCCAGAUACUCGGGAGUCCCCUCUCCCUGACUGGCUUUUGGCUUGUACAUCAAUUUCCGCAUCGCGCUCCUCCGGAAUAUCUACGAUCUGGUAUCGAAGUUACAGAUGAUGGUGUGGCUUGGGUUACGAGACCCAUCGAUCCCGAAAUCGGCGAUAAGGUACAGACCUUCAUGAAACCCAUUCAUGUGGCACUUGCUAUCAAAGAUGCCUAUCUAGUAUUGUUGAGAAGACAACUAGCUCGCUUCAGGGGCGAUACACCUCAUGCUCUGGAGAGCUUUAGUGAACGGCGUAUUCUUUCAAAUAACGAAAACCUCAGUCAUGAACAGCCCAGUCUUCAGCCCGCCGUGCCUGAAGAGACCUCAGGGAAUCUUCCUCCAAAUGAAGACGUUGAGCUUCAUCCUUCUUCCAUCAUAUCGUCGUUACAACGACUCCCUUUGCCUGAUUUAGGUCCUGGGUCAGAUCUACACCUGGCAUCUCUUGCCUUUCGGUUGCGACUAAAUGAAUACCAGGCCAAGACCCCACGAACACCUAUUCGGGGAACAUUCUUCAUUUCUGGCCCUGUCGGUCUUAAGGGGCCCAAUGGAUUCUGCAGAUUCGAGGUGCGCGGUGAAUACGACCCUUCUAAGUCUGGAUGGCGCACGGUUGAGAUGUCAUUGCGGGAUGUAAACUUAAGGAAGCAAAGACCGCUUGGGGGCCGCUGA